GAAUUAAAUAAAUAGAUAAAUUAAAAUUCGGGUCUUUGGCUUUUGAUUCAGACGGUCUCAGCCGGUCUCAGACUUUGGCUUCAACUCGUUCUUCUGUUCUCAGCAUCGCCAAUUUGAUUUGUUAAUUCCUGGGUUUAGGACAGGGCAAGCUAAGGCUUAAUAUCAAAGACAGAGUAUCUUUACUCUUCGCGUAUUACAAUGGCUGAUGAGGAUUAUGAUGACAUGGACAUGGGGUACGAGGAUGAGCCCCUGGAGCCUGAGAUUGAGGAAGGUGCAGAGGAGGAUGUUGAUAACAACAAAAAUGAUGAUGUGGCUGGAGACGCAAUUGAUACUGAGGACAAGGAAGAGGAACAACCAGUAGAGCGACCUCGGAAGACUUCUAAAUAUAUGACCAAGUAUGAGCGGGCCAGGAUUUUGGGUACUCGUGCAGUUCAAAUCAGUAUGAAUGCACCUGUCAUGGUUGAGUUGGAGGGCGAGACUGAUCCGCUUGAGAUUGCCAUGAAGGAGCUUCGUGAGCGGAAAAUACCCUUUACAAUCCGGCGCUACUUGCCUGAUGGAAGCUAUGAAGAUUGGGGAGUUGAUGAACUAAUUGUGGAAGACUCCUGGAAGAGACAGGUGGGAGUGUGAUUGAUGUUUGAACUUAUAUUAUAGGUGGGGGCAGGAGUCACAAACACUAAGAUCUUUAUCUCCUCAAAAAUUUUAUCUUUGAUUUGUUUGAAGUUGAUACUGAUCUAUGAUCCCUCAUCAAACUUGACUCAACCAUGAUAAAUUAUUGGCUAUGCUUUCACCAAGUGUUUCAUGUUGAUACUUAGUCUAUCCUUGGAUCCCUGCCACGUGUGGUUUAAUUUAAUAUAAUUUGUGUUUCGACUUGCUUA